UCUUGUUCGCGCUGUUUGUGUUCACGCGUGAGAUCAUCAUCGAGAGAGACUCAGACAUCAGGAAACAUCAGCAGCUCUUCAGUUCCUCUCGUAUUAACAGAGAAUGUCAGACAUCGAGGACUCGGAUCUGGAUGAGGAGGGAGUAGAUGCUGUGCGACACAAAACCAAGAUUAUCUAUCAGAACCAGUUCCCGUUCAUUCACAUGGAGCCGCCUGACGUCAUAUAUGAGCGGUGGGUGAAGAUAAAGCCGGAGGUGAAGAGGUUCGUGGGUCACCUGAUGCACGUGUCCGUGUUCUGGUGGCAUAUUCUCCUCCGACAGCAGGAUAAUCACCCCACCACCUUCUGGGCCGUCGAGAUGGGCUUCCUGGACUCCAACGUGUCGAAUGAUCUGAGUCUGAAGAGGCUGGAGAGGAUCGAGAUCUUGGAGUGUAUCCUGGAGGCGAUGGAGCAAGGCCUGUCUCGCAGGGACAUGGAGAGCCGAGCCCGAGACGUGGUGUCGCUGAGCAGACAAUUCUCCUUGCAGGACGACUGUCUGGCGGAGGCGAUCGCGUGGCUGCUGGACUCGGGAGUUCCUGGUGUUCGGCAGAAGCUGCUGGAUCUCGGCUCCGUGGAGAUUCGCUACCGCACGCUGCGCUUCGUCUUCAACGAGUAUGCGCGUUAUCUUCAGGUGGUGUCGUGCAGUAGGAAGAAGGCCGUCGCCGAGCUCAAGUACGAGCCGGACACCUGGACUCUGACGAAAAGCGACGAUAUGAGAAACAAAGGGAAUGAGCAGUUCCAGAGAAAGAAAUAUGACUUGGCUCUGAAGUCUUACACUAAAGCCAUUAAAUUCCACCCUAAUAACCACAUCCUGUACGGGAACCGAGCGCUCUGCUUCAUCCGCUGUGAGAAAUAUCUGAAAGCACUCGGCGAUGGAAAGAGAGCCAUUAUACUGCAGCCAGACUGGGCCAAGGGUCAUUACCGCUUCUGCGACGCUCUGUUCUACCUGGGCGAGCACCAGAAGGCCGUGCUGGCCAACCGCGAGGCUCAGCUGGCGUGCGGGCACGACCCCGACGGGCUCCGAGACCUGCACCAGCAGUGCGAGCGCUUCCACAGCGAGCUGCAGCACAGCUCCGGCAUGAAGACCAGCAAGACUGAAACUAAAAGGAUUUCUUCUAAAACCAGAUCGCACGCGGGCGAUUCCUCAUCUCAGCAUCAGAGAUCGACUCGUGAGCCUGAAGCGGCGCCUCGGUCCUCCAGCCUGGAGAGUGCGCAGAGCUCUGAGAACGGGAGACCCCACGGGAACGCUGCAGGAAACUCUGGAGCUCGAGCCCUUCCCGAGGAGCGAGCCGACAGACUCGGAGACAUGAAGAGUGAAAUGAGUCCACGGAAGAGUAAGAAAUCUUCGGGUGUUGAGAAGCCGGAGCCGCGCAGCAAACACACACCUGUGCCGGAGCAGCGCAGCAAACACACACCUGUGCCGGAGAAGCCGGAGCCGCGCAGCAAACACACACCUGUGCCGGAGAAGCCGGAGCCGCGCAGCAAACACACACCUGUGCCGGAGCGAGCCGACAGUCCAGCGGAGGCCGUCAGCGAGGCAUGUUCGAGAGAGCUCUUCUGUGCUGCGGUUCAGGAGGGUCACACGGCUCUGAGUGACCAGCGCUGCAGGAACGCUCAUCAGUCCUUCACUGUGGCCCUGCGGAUCCUGGAGUCCUGCGGCACCACGGCGCUGGGUCUGACGGAGCUGGAUAAAGCUGUGCUGGUUUAUGGGUACGCCACCGCCCUGCUGGAGAUCGGACAGCCAGAGGAACUGGCUGAAGCUCAGAGGAGGUUCGCCACGUUAGAGUCGUCAGACAGGAAGUUCCAGUUGCUGGUGCAUUAUGGGAUGGGGCGAGUGUAUCUGAAGGAGAACAGGUUUGCUAAAGCCCUGGAGCGCUUCUCUAACGCGCAGCUCAUGAUUCAGAGACGCGUCACGCCUGGGAAACUCACCUGGCCCACUACUAAAGCUAUCGUUGAGGAGACGCAGGUGGCCUGUUUAGAGGAACACCUGCAGAGGUUUGUGGAGUUGUGUAAGUUUCCUCCUAAAGCAGACGCAGUGUGUCGACAUCAGCACUGCCUCGCUCACACCAUCCACAUCUACUUCAGCGACCCCGACUUUAAAGGCUUCAUCCAGCUGAUCUGCUGUCAGAGCUGCAGAGUCGAGUUUCAUAUGAGCUGCUGGAAGAAGCUCAAAACACUUUCAUUUUCUGAUAAGAAUGACAAGGAUUUUCUAAAAGAUUCGUGUUUUACGCCGGACUGUGGAGGGCGGAUCUGUCACGUUGUAAUAUUUGGCUCGACGGGGCUGAUAAAGUGUGAGGUGAGGUGUACAGACACACUCACUCACAGUGAUGUUUCAUGGCUUCGUUUGCUUGCUAACACUCUUUUCGUCUCUCAGUUUAAAACGUGUAUUCCUAAACCCAGCCCUGCUGGUCGAGCGAGGGUCCGGCAACAGUGUUCAAGUAUUAAGAAGUUGAAGUCUAAAAAUGAUCGAAAGCUUCGUCGGAAUCAGCAGAAGUUGGCGAGACGUUCUGCGUGUCGAGAGAGAGAUGAAGUAACGGCUGAGGACGCGGCGAACAAGCUAGCGGUGCAGAGAGGAUCACCGCCACCUAAAGACUCUAUUUAUGUGGACCGUGUUUUACAUCAAAUUCAUGAUAACAAAGGACUUUUUAAAGAAGAGCCAGUGAAUAUUAGUGUGUUUUGGGAGUGCCUGCGGCCGUGGCUGGAUCUGUGUGAGAGCGAGCAGUCGAGGCGUGUGUGGAGCGGCCGCAGGGACACCGGGCCGCUGGUCGAGCUGGUCGAGCUUCUGCUGGAGUCCAGGAACCGGGUCUGGGCUCGAGUCUUCAUACACACGCUGGCGUCCGGCCUUCAUAUCACACCCAGACUGCAGCAGUGGGCUCAGCGUCUGGAUAACGCCGGUCUGCGAGCGGCGCAGGCGUUCAUCAGCCGCUACAGUGCUCAUCUGGAGGAGCUGGACCUCAAGCCUCUGCUGACCUUCACACCCCUGCACGACACGCUCCAGAAAUACGCCACCGUUUCCGAGUUAUUGGACCGUGACGGUUUUACAGUAAUGGAGUAUUUAAGGCAGGCUCCCGCUAAAGAAAUGCGUCUGCUUAUUUGGACUCUAGAAUCGAAUCGAGAGCGCUAUUGCACCUGUCACUCCAUUCUCGAUCAAUAUUUUGAAGAUGAUGCUGUUUGUUUAGUCAUUAAAAAGACGGAUGAUGAGGAGCACAUGAGUUCAAUAUUUAAGAGUAAAAACAGACAUCGCAAGAAGAAGCAGAAGGAGUUAAAGUCUGUUAUUGUGCUGUCUGGAAUGAGAGGGCAUUCGAGAGAGGAAGAUGAGGAGGAUGAGCUGUUCUCUGAGGAAGACUCGUUGCUGUUCCUGAAUGGCUUGGACCCGUUCAGCGUUCCCGAACACUUGCGAGGUCAGCUGGCGGAGUUUGAGGAGCAGUACGCCGGAUCAGCGCACCGCAGCCAUUACGAGCGGAUCCUGGACAAUCACCCCGACCCCACUAAAGAGAGCUUAUACGAUUAUUUCGCCCAGAUCCUGCAGGAGCACGGACCGCUGUGCGCCACGGACCCGCUGAUGGUGGGCGAGCUGGAGAACUUCCCUCCGGAGGCGCAGCAAAAGAUCUCGGACGCCGGCGGACUCAAACCCUUCCUGCUGGAGUCGCUGCGCUUCACCAUGACGGAGGAGCUGAUCGGGCUGAUGAAGCACGCCGUGUCCCUGACCGAAAACGGCUCGUCGCACCUGAACCCGUCCGCCCGCGAGUUCUGGCCGCACGCCGACGCGCUGAGUGACGACUUCGCACAGAUCAGCUUGGGUUCUUACGAUAGCAAAGAUGAGCCUGCGUCCUCGGAUCCGUUCCCGAUUUUCCCCGAUCCGUAUGAUUCCGAGUUUCCCAUCACAGAUUUCGAGUAUUUGGCCGCAGACGUGUUGGACGCUGAGGAGCUCGCGUGUGAUGCUGUAGCCACACGAGAAGACAAACAAACAGGCGUGUGUGUGCGGGAUUUUGCAGACUAUACAGAUGUUUCCAUCAACACAGAGCCGUGCGUGUCCUUCGAGAGGAAUAACGGCGACUUGAUGCAGAAAGAGAAACAGAAGCAGCAGCUGUUGAAGAAGCUCCAGCAGAUGAAGGACGAUCACGCUGCCGUCCAGCAGAAGAGGGCUGAGGAGUUAGCAGCGCUUCAGGAGGAGACCCAGAGAAUCACACAGAGCAAGCAGAUCGCCAGCGCAGAGCUCGCCAUGUUCCAGCAGAAACUAGAGGAGGAGGUCAGGAAAGACCAGCAGGAGAAGAAGGAGAACCAGGAGACUCUGAAGAACCUGAAGAUGGAGAUCAAAGAUCUGACAGAUUUACAUGAAAGUUACUCCAGAGACAUCAGUGCCAAGAAUAAAGAGUAUCAGACUAAACUGGAGCAAUUCCUUGACAUCAAUAACCAGUGUGCGGCCGAGCGGAUGAGCCUAGAGGAGGAGAUCAAGAAGUUCAGAGACGCGUGUGUGAAAGCGCAGAGGAGAUCCAUGGCGGCGCAGCUGUGUGUUCUGCAGAGCCGUCAGGAACACGCACUGCGGCGGUUGAGGAUGAGCGUCUCUGAAGGCCAGAUGAUAGUCAAACACAUGACGGAGGUGUUGCUAAGUGUCCCCUCCGCUGCGCUGCUGUCAGCCAUCGAUGACUGGAAGAGACACGUGUGUGACAUGGAGGACAGAAUUAACAGGACUCAGACGGGGUUUGAUGCACAGAUGGAUGAGGUGGCGAAGGGCACUAGGCUGUGUUCACUGCCAGAUAUCUGUGUUCCCAGCAUUCCUACUGCGCCCGCCCUGCCGGCGAUUCCUCCGCCUUCGGUUCCUCAGUCCGGUUCCCAGUUCUACGGGCCGGUGCUGCCCUCCCGAACCCCCACGCCCACGGGCCGGGCCACCCCUCAGCCCCCCGAGAGGCUUGACGAGCCCCUGCCCCACCGGGCCCCGACCCCACAGCCCCAGACGGUGUACGAGCGGCUGCUGGAGCGCCUCAACAUGAUGUUCCCGCAUUACAACAG